CGCCGAGUAUGAGUUUGACCCCUCCAUCUGUCAUUUCCCCAGUUUUUAUAUUUGCACAUAGAUUUAUUUGUGUUCUUUACUACAUCGUCACCAUCUCUUUGAUUUAUAGUUUUUUUUAGACGAAUUAGAAUAGAGCAUCCUCUCCUGUGGUUCAUUGUCCAACUUCAGAAUGGCCGCUUCUACCCUGCCUGCUAUGAAGACGAAUCCAAAGUAUAUCUUCUUCACCGACUUCGAUGGGACAAUCACCCAGCAAGAUUCCAAUGAUUUCAUGACCGAUACUCUGGGUUACGGGGAGAAGUUGCGGAAGCAAGGCAAUAAAGAUGUCCUCGAUGGGAAGAUGACUUUCCGAGAUUCGUUCCGCGAGAUGCUGGAUUCAGUCAAGACCCCUUUCGACCAAUGUAUAAAGAUUCUCUGUGAGAACAUCAAGCUCGACCCAUACUUCAAAGAAUUCUUUGACUACGCUCGACAGAACGGAAUUCCCAUCGUUGUUCUCAGCGGAGGUAUGACUCCAAUUGUCAGAGGUCUUUUGGUACACCUCUUGGGUGAAGAUGCACAUGAGAUGCAGAUUGUAAGCAACGAUGUUGCGCCAAGGGAUGGAAAGAGCAUAAACGAAGAAGGAGGGUGGCAGAUUGCCUACCACGAUGAUACCGGCUUUGGCCACGAUAAAAGUCUUGAGAUAAGACCAUAUGCCAAUCUUCCAGAGAAUGAGCGGCCAGUAAUGUUCUACGCUGGUGACGGAGUUUCGGAUUUCUCAGCAGCUAAAGAGACGGAUCUUCUUUUUGCUAAGAAGGGUCGCGAUCUGAUUACAUACUGUAUCAGAGGUGGUAUGCCAUUCACAAUAUUUGAAGACUGGUCUUCUAUUCUGGCGACAGUUAAGGACAUUGUGGAUGGUAAAACAACAGUAAAAGAAGUUUCGGCUGCUGGCGUCAAGGAAGCCAAGGCCGAUGGAAUGGCAAAUGGAAAAGCAUAGAAUCCACAAUUGUUCUGAUCAUUUAUAGACAAUAGACCGCUUGAUAGAGUAUUAGAAAGUCAUAUGCCAUGCUUUAGAUGUUCUGAUCGAACUCAGGGAUGAAGCA